UAACGUUGUGUCGUCACAGCAGUCACAAGACCCGAGAGAGAGAAAGAGGGAGAGCGAGAGAAAGAGAAACAGAGGUGAGGGCAGGACGGUGAGUGAGACCCAGAGGCUGAGCACACAGCGUGGCUAUGGAGAACCAGCACCUAUGGCUCUUCUGGAGCGGACCGGGCGACUGCUUCCUCUGAGAUCCUCGCGGUGUUUGUGUGACGCUCCCCCGCGGCUCGUGUUUACUCCGCCAGGGGGAAGAAGGCUCGUCGCCUCGGUGCGUGGCGGCUGCUGUCGGCGUGUGUCGCGCAUCCUCCAGCCUGGUUAGCGGGUUAGCUCGAGACAAAACACUGCGCUCCCCAUCGACGCUGAGCUAGCAGGGGCUGCUCGCUAGCUAGCUCGGCGGUGUGCUGGUGGUUUGUCGGGGGGUGGGGGGGGGGGAUGUUGUCCGUGCUGUCGUACGGGAGACUGGUGGCCAGAGCUGUCAUCGGCGGACUCUCUCAGACUGACAGCCGAGACUACAGCCUGGUGACGGCCAGCUGCGGCUUCGGGAAGGACUUCCGGAAAGGCAUCCUGAAAAAAGGCAUGUGCUACGGGGACGACGCGUGCUUCAUCGCCCGACACAGAUCCGCAGAUGUUCUGGGUGUGGCAGAUGGGGUGGGUGGCUGGCGAGACUACGGCGUGGACCCGUCACAGUUUUCGGGUACGCUGAUGAAGACAUGUGAGAGACUGGUGAAGGAAGGUCGCUUCGUUCCCAGCAACCCCGUGGGAGUCCUCACGACCAGCUACUACGAGCUGCUGCAGAACAAAGUGCCACUGCUGGGUAGUAGCACAGCCUGCAUCGUAGUUUUGGACCGACACAGUCACCAGUUGCACACAGCCAACCUGGGAGACUCAGGCUUCCUGGUGGUGCGGGAAGGGGAGGUGGUCCACCGCUCAGACGAGCAGCAGCACUACUUCAACACGCCCUUCCAGCUGUCCAUCGCUCCCCCCGGAGCUGAGGGCGCCGUCCUCAGUGACAGCCCUGACGCUGCAGACAGCUCCUCCUUUGAUGUCCAGCUCGGCGACAUCAUCCUCACCGCCACCGACGGGCUCUUCGACAACAUGCCUGACUACAUGAUCCUGCAGGAGCUGAAGAAGCUCAAGAACUCAAAUUACGAGAGCAUCCAGCAGACGGCCCGCAGCAUUGCAGAGCAGGCCCAUGUUCUGGCAUAUGACCCCAACUACAUGUCGCCUUUCGCACAGUUUGCCUGUGACAAUGGACUGAAUGUAAGAGGAGGAAAGCCGGAUGACAUCACGGUGCUGCUGUCCAUAGUGGCAGAGUACACCGACUAGACUGCAUGGAGCUGUGACGGGGGGGCGUCUGCCUCUGCAGGUGAUGAACUGCUUUGACUCCUGCUGGUCAGGAUGAAGGACUAACGUCAGAUGCUUUCCUCCACCUCCGCUGGUACUGCUCUGCCUCAACUCCCAAACUGGCAACCCCCCCCACCCUCGAAAGAGAGCAGGAAGAAAAUAGCCUGACUACACACCCACUGCACUGUGAUGGUGUACAUCACAGAGCUGCUGUAUAAAGAGGAGCAGAGGCGGGACACAUCCACUUGGCCCGGCUGCAGCGUUGGCGUCUUUGCAGUGCUCAGUGGAUAAUCCCAUUGGCCGGGAUAAGCAGACGUUAGGCAUGUGGGAGAUGAGGAUCCUGUCCGACGAGGAUAACUCCUCUUUUCUCUGGGCAGGGAGGCAGUUGAGAUUCAGAGACGGGGGUGGCAGAUGUAGCCAGACGGAAGGUGUGAGUCUGUUGGAGCAGCCUCCACACGCUGGGCUGCCGGAAGGGAAAAGAAACACCAGUAGUGUCAAAAAUGGAAAUGCAAAGGAAAGGGCAGAAUUAGGGCUUAAGAAAUGGGAUGACUUGUGCAAGUGGAUGUUCAUCAAAGAGCCUGGAACCUUGUAUGUGUGUGCAGGGAGCAUAUGUUAGAUAACAUUAUAUGACUUGUGUGCUGUUUCUGAGAGGUUUUGUAAAAGUUAGCAAAAAAAGUAUUGUAUGUGACGUUUCUACGUGGGUGGGUAGUUACAUGAGGCAGGUUGAUCCAAUAAGUUUUCAUGAAGAAGAUCGGCAGCUGCCUUUUCCAGCCCAAUGAAUUCACGACUUGCACACAUUUUGAUACUUCAUGGGAUGAAUAUUUUUUAGUUGAGAAGCCUGUGGAGAUAUAUAUUGUGUCAAACUGAUGCCCUCCCUUUAAUAUCCCAGCUGCUGCUGAAGUCUUGGUUGUGAUGACAUGUAAUGUGUGUGUGAAUGUUUUCUGGUUGAUGAAUGUACUCAUGUGCUCGUCGGUGUGUAUGAAAAGGAUGUCAAGGCUGCAGACUUCUCCAUAUCCACUGGGCUUAAUUGGUCUCGCAGCCUUAAAACGCACAAGCUUGAGAAGCGUAUCUGACAAAAAGCUCGACACGGCGGACGUUGGUCAUGUGACCAAAUGUAUUUUUGUAACCUCUCUGUUCAGUGGGGUUGUUGAAUUCUUUGGACUGAUCGCCACAUUGCAGUAGCUUUAGAAACUGUUCAUAAUCAGUGUGGUCCCCUCUUCUCUCUCCUCUCUGCUGUAGAGCUCCAGCAGCACAUUCAUAACGUCAGGUCACUGCAGGUUUCACGUGAAAAACGGUCAUAGUGUUUCCAUUACAUCACCACAGAUUUGCACUCUGCAUUAACUGCAGCUCUUACCCACAGUUUAAAAACAUUUCUUUAGAAGAUCCAUAUUUAUUCUCAAUGUUAUGAUGAUAAUGUGCCUUGUAUUAGGUGUUUGUGAUACUGGCAGAAAUGUCCGUAAUUCUUUAAAAUGCCCGACCCUGUGUCAGGCAGGUACAGAGCCUGAAACUGUUAAAGUAGCCAUAAGAGACGAAACAGCUUUUCCCAUCAUGCCCUUCUGUCUUAACACUGGGCGUUUUCAUCUACAGCAAUGUUCAACCGUUUUUCCCUUGAAACCUGCCUCUCUGUCUGGAGCUUAGGAAUUGUGAUAAAGCCAUCACCCCUUUUUAGAAACUCGUUCACAUCACUGUUUACAACCUGCACUGUCAAACGUUCACACUGGGAGACGGCAGAGUCGGACGUCUCUGUGAGAUGAGGCUGACUGACAAGGAAGAGUUUUGGGCAGAGGCAGCAGCUAACGCUCAAAAUGUGAGUUUGAACUGUUUAAGCACUGAGGACAAUCUAAGUAGCCUUAAUGAUUUUACAAAGCAAUUCUCCCAGUCAGACGGUGUCACUGUCAACCUGGUGGUUCCUGAUUCCUGACUCGUACCUGCCCCGACUCUCUUCCCUGUUGUCUCCCGUCCACUUCAUCCCUCUCUACUUUGUUACUACCACAGCAUGGACCCCACUGUAUCCAGAUCUGUUCUCUGUGAAGAAACAUUUUCAGAUCUGUACAAUAUAUGAAUAAAGGGUAUAGUAUUUAU